GGUCUCCCCUCGAAUUGUUGGAGUGGAAGAUAAAUUUUUGUUUGUAUUAUAUUUGAUUUUCAUUCUUUACCCGUUCUUUCUGGAACUAGUGUACUAGUUCCGCAGCUCAUUUAAUGAACGUUUCCAGGUGAUUGAGUUAUCCCUAUGUUUGUUUUGAUUUUAUCAUUUAUCACCUACUCCCGUUUUGAUCUUUGUUGCCUUGCAACUGCGUCGAUGAAAUUGGACUUAGACUUUGAAAUCCAGUUCAGUCCUGGUGAAGUUGGAUUUCAUUUUUGUUAUAAAAAUUGAGUUUUGAUGUUGGAAAUUUAAUUAGAACCGAACACAUGUGCAAAAAAAUGAAUAUGAAAAUAUCUUUCCAACAGGAUCCAGAGUGGAGCAAAUAAAAAUUGCUCCUUAAAAUAUAUGAAGAAACUUUUGAGGUUGUUUUAUUCCUCUCCAUAAGGUUGGAUUUAAAGCAGAUUUUCGAUUCUGAUGGAAGUAUAAUUGAAUAUUUUGAAAAAAUGCACGACUUGGAAGCAAACAAAGAUAGUGUAAAUUAUUUAGUAAAACGGCUAUGUUGGUGCAUUUUACAGCAGGAAGGAAUUGUAAACGACAGUGGAGAACAAUGUCUGAGAAAACUAAAGGCGGUGGCAUUCACUAUUCUGCUCUCGAAAUAUGCCAAAAAUGAAUCAGAAGCGGAGUUUGAACCUCAGCGAGCAUUGGGGCUGCAAAUGUUUGCGGCUAAAAUCGGCUCUCACGCAAAUAAUGAGCACUUCUUCUCAGUCUUCGAAAAGCAAAUUGAUGCCGUACAAAAUGAGCCCUACUUUAAUGUCGGACCAGGCAAACAUGUAGUGAAAUUUCUUUUGGCUCUACAGCGGAGCGGACACGAUGAACGUGAAAUAGCCUAUAUAAGUCCCCCAACAUUGCUAAUGCCGGGCAGUUUUACCCUACAUGCCGAUUCCAGCCAUAAUAGACACUAUCCCGAACCGAGUGAUUAUGACCUAAUGAAUCCAAAGCCAAGACUUUUUAAAGGUGUUCAACAACUUAAGUCACCUGAUAAUCCCUAUUUGCCCCGAUCCAUUUUCGACGGCGAAAGGGACCGAUUGAGUACCAUGCAUGAUAAAUUUGCUAGUACACACUCAAGAGUGUAUAAUGACGAUCCGUCUGAAAUAACUUUCACAGGAAUGACAAAGCGCUUGCUUGGAACAGCAAUGCGUAUAAAUUCCAGUGCCCUCCGGUUAUUUCCGGAGUCUAUUUUUCAGCCCAUUAACCGUUUGCAACCAGCCAAGAAAACGCAGCAAAUACCUCUCCAAAAGCAUGCAAAUAACGAACCUCUUGACCCUGGAAACGAGCAUCGUGUUUUCUCUUGGAAUUGGGAAGGGCUUGGUUGUUUCGGAGUUUCGUGCUUAAAACCAUUUGCUGGCGAUGCUAGUGUGACAUUGCUUUUGCAGGGCUAUGUAAAUCAAACAAGAAAUUAUCAUAGCCAAGCAAAAAUUAUGAAUGAAAAAUGUUUUAUCACCGAUCUAAAAUUGUUAACAGUUGGAAUACAAUCGGACACAUUCCAGCAUGACGAACUCAUCGUGUUUCAUAUGGAGUCCAACGUUACCAUUGAAGGCGUAUUGCCGACAACAAUCAAGAAUUUAGUAUCCGAGUUCCUUGAAUGUGGAACCUGCUACAAACGAAUGCAAACCAUGAUAAUGAAGAGAGACUAUAAGCUCAUGUUCGAAGGAUUCAUGUUUAAGGCCUUGUGUAGUGCCAUUGACGAGUACUUGAUGACCUUUCGUCAGUUCGUUUUCGGGCACUCCGAUGAACACAUACUAGGCUUACACCAGCGUCUCAAGAAAGUAAUGAAACAAAUAAUUUGCCUCUCUUACACAUUGGCCAUUCAUCCAAAAGUGGACCCCAGUGUUAAACCCCCAAUGGGAUCUCAAUUCCUGGGCUAUUUGUAUAGAGAAAUUAUGCGUUUGACGGAGAACGACUUAAUUUCAGUCUUAAUAUAUUUGUUAAAGAAGUGCUGUCAUGUUUAUUUCAAGCACUUACAAAAGUGGAUAUAUUAUGGUCUGUUGGAAGAUCCUUGUAAUGAGCUCUUUGUGGCAUUUGUGGACCAUUACAGGGAGAAUACAAAAUACUUCUACGAUAAGGCAUAUUCAGUCCGAAGGGAAGUUGUACCAGACUUUUUUCAAAGCUUCGAGGAUCAAAUACUGCAAUGUGGCAAAUAUACCAUGCUGCUCAAGGCGUAUGACCCAAAUCACCCUUUGUUUGACUUGGAAUACCCGCCCAUAUCGGUGUGCCUUUCAGUGGCUGAGAUAGAGCGUUUAGAAGAAACAUGCAAGUCGUAUUUUAAUAAAGCGCGAAGGCUGUGCUCGAAUCCAAUAACGAUAAGCGAGGUUUUUGAAACCAGGAAAGAAGCAAAACGACAGUUUUUUCAGCGAAUGCUUAAAAGAUCUCAAGCUAACAUUGAACGUUGGAAUGAUGAACGAAACGAUAUGGCUCAGGCAGCAGCAGAGCGAAAGAAAAAACAACUGGAGGAACUCUCAGCGCAGCUGCAAGAUGCCAGGAGGCGCAAAAUUCUUGAGCGCAAGCUUAACGUAGAAACUGAACUCAAGUACCUGCGAGAAGCGGAAAAAGUAGAACAACAGCGUUUGGCAAUUGAUAAUAUAAAUCUCCGCAAACGCAUCGAGUACUACCAGGAAUUGCACAACGUAAUAAGCGAAAAGGACGAAGAAAAAGCCAGUAAAUUAUCAUUAGUUAUACCAUCCUCUGUUGUGGUGCAGCCAUCGCCUCGUACUCCAGUAAGUACAGCUGGAACAGAAUUUGAAUCUUGUUUCGGGGACGAGGAACAAACAUCGGAGUAUGAAGAAUGUACUUCGGAGGACUUUAUAGAGGGUUUCCAAGAAAACGAAGAUGCACUCCACAUCAUGACGAAGGCUAAUGAAGAAAGGAAUGAAGAGGCAAGAAGUGAACACGACACUAUUACAGCGGUAAUCGAUAUGAAAGGAAAAAAUUUUAAUAAUACCGUGAUAAAGCGUAGCGCCUCAGAUGUAUUAAACUCGAAUGAAUUACCAGAUAAUGAUAAUGUUUUGUUGCAAAACCGACAGAAAGCAAUGUCGGGCACAGAUGUUGAAUGCUGUGUCCACUUUGAAAACACUUCUGCCGCUACAAACCUUCAAGAGGGGCGUAAAGGAAUAUUUCCUGGAAAUAAGAUACCGUUAAAGGAAACUGAAGGAAAUCAACUCAAAGUUUUACCUGAGGAGAUUGAAAUUCCAAGCAAAAAUUCCCAAGGCGUUAUGGAGUCAGAUAUAAAUCUAAACCAAGAGGAAACCCUGUUGACCGAUCUGCAGCGAAAUCGCCGACGCAUGAUGCAAAACGAUUUAUUCAGUGAAAUCAAUAAAAAUGCGUUGGAGAACCGAACACUAAUGUACCUUGAUCUGAACAGUGAUAGGGCCAAAAAUCGCAAGAGAGUAUUAGAAAGUGAAUACAAUAUUAUAACCGGUGCUUUAGAUAUCAAACGAGCUAGUUCGGAGGUGACAAUUCCCACUGACACACCCCUAACUCCCAUGUCAACGGCAUCGGACGAUGUUCACUUAACAACAGACGUUUUGAGUGAAAAGGAUGCAGAUACACGUAAUGGAAACUCCUGUCCAGAGGCACUGCUUAUGUCAGACGCAAAUGAUCGUAGACCCAAUUUGAAAGUAAGUGUCCUUGUAUCUUCAGAAUUCACUCAACAAGCUGUUUCAACGACGGCAUGUACCCUUUCUGAGGCAACACCUGAAUGUGCAUUGAACACAGCUGGUAUUAUGGCCAAGCAAGGAUUUUUGUUUCCCGACGAUUAUAUUCCUACCAAGCACCAGAAAAAUGCGUCAGCCUUGACGGCUUUUACCGAACACCUUAAGCAAGAAGGUGGCGAUGAAAAAGAUACUUUACCUGAACGAGCCUACGACGAUCCAUAUAAACGCUGUCAAGAAUUAGUGGCCACGAACUUUAAAUGUGGAACGACUAGUCCUUUCAUGCGAUUGAAUACUUUUACACACAAUUCGGCGCCGGUGAGAAAGGAUUCUGCUUUAACAGAAUUUUUAACUGAGUUUCUGCAGAAAUCUGUAGUUAUUCCAAUGAGUACCCAUUUGGAAUUGAUAAACAAUGAAGUUAUGCGCAUGUUCUUACAUGACCUUAAAGUGCUGGAUCACUUCCGCAGCUUGCGCAACUAUUUUUUCAUGAUGGACGGAGAAUUUGGUUCUAUUAUAUGCGAUGGAAUUAUAGGCAAGCUAGAAACUGGAGCGAAGCCGGAAAAGCUGCUAAACUACCAAAUAUUGCAUUCGAUUUUGGACACUGCUCUGGGUGCAAGUAUUACGGGAAAGGAUAAAAAUGCAGAGAACUUGUCAUUCAUAGUAAGCGAUGUUCCCGAAAAGUUUGAACUCACGUCGCCAGAUGUUUUGAAUAAUCUCAGCCUAAGCUAUCGAAUAAGCUGGCCACUGAAUCUCAUUCUGAACCCGGAAACAUUGGAACAGUAUGCUAAUAUUUUCAAAUACCUUGUGCGCGUCCGACGCAUAAGUUGGAUUUUGGAAAAGAGCUACCAAAUUCUAAAGGAGAACGUCAAACAAUAUGGAAAACGCAUACUAAGGUCACCCCAGUACAGACAUGUCCAGCUGAUACGCCAUAAAUUCUAUCACUUUGUUGUACAUUUGCAAAAUCAUAUAACGUCAAAUGCCAUGCAAGCCUCCUGGAAAACCUUCAAAGAUGAACUUGUUUCGGCAAAGACCAUCGAAGACAUUUAUCGAAAGCAUGCCACCUACAUAAAACGCAUCUUGUUCUUGUGUAUGCUAAAUAAAAGGAGUGCCGAGUUCUACAAUGCCAUAGACAAUGUCUUCAAAAUUACAAUACGUUUUUACAACAACCUGAAGUCUAGAGAGUUCAAAUUGAAGCCAGGAGAAGAAUUCUACACGCAUUCCCGGUAUGAAAAACUGGCGAAUGAUGAAAUCGAGUUUGAUAAGUUCAUUAAAUUUACCAUAUAUUUGGGCAAUAAAAUUGUCCGACAUGGUUAUCAAGCUGAAAUUGGCGAAUUUAUAAAUUUAAUUAAUUUCAAUCAGUAUUAUCUGAAAACAAUAUGCUAAUAAAAAUGUACACAUAAUAAGCUAA